AUGUUUGGCGAAAUCAAGAGCCUCAACGGCCCAAGCGGCAGGACAAUCACCAAUCUUGCCCACGAAUACCGUCGGUAUCACCGAGAUCCAGAUCGAUCGAAGAAUCUUUCAUCUACUAUUCCGCAGAAAAGAGAACGUGAUGAUGCUUCGUUGCAUCAAUCCAAGGCCACAUCAACUGCGGAUGCUGUGGCACCUUCUUCUACUACAGAUGGUACUACUCCCGUUGACAAAACCGAUGUGAAACGGGAAUUCAAGAUGAAUAAUGCAAAAUCGAGCACCACGAUCGACUUGACCAAUAAUGCACCAACAAUCACGGCCAUUGAGGGAACCAAGCUACCAGAAAUCUCAAUGCCCAAGGCAACCCAGGCAACGCAACUGCCCGAUAUCAAAAGCAUGAACAAAGCCGGUCGUCUGCUCGGACUGGAAGAGAAAAUUGAUCGAUUGCUGGGAUUGGAAGGCAAAAUUGACCGUUUGCUUGGAUUGGAAGAGAAGAUUGACCGGUUGCUCGAAUUGGAAAGCAAAAUUGACCGUUUAAUUGGUUUGGGAGGCAAGAUUGAAGGCCCACAGGGAUUGGAACGCAAAAUCAACCAACUUGCGGAGUUGGGACCCAGAGUUGAAGCCUUCCUCAAUAGCCUCGACUUUUUGGUUGGGAUCGAGGAUCCUUAG